GACUUCAGCAUGAGAAAACUCCAGGCUUCGAGUUAGGUCCUGGAUGGUUACCUCUGCUUCUCGUAUUCUUGACUUGAACUGGUCAACUACAAAAUCCUUGGCAGUAUGGAAAGUCUUUUCUUGAUAAUCAAGCUAGACUUUAAUAACUUCGGUAUCCAUUGCGAAGACCAGCUAAGUUUCAACACGAACAACGAAGUUCCAACACGGAAACCGAGCACAGCCAGGCACAUCCGCUUGCCACCACAGCCAGUGUGUGUGUGUGUGUGUGUGUCCACUACAGCAAGUGAUAAAUAGGGUAUUCGGAUGUAAUAAGUUUGGCUCUCCCGCUUACUGGUGAUACCUGACUGUCUCCUUCCGUAUCACAACCAUGAACCAGCAUUUCUUGGAGCAUAAAAAUAAUUAGGGCCACUGGGGAAGUAUUGGUGUCACAAAGGUGAGGUGAGGCGGGGGAUUAGAGUGAGGUCGCGGCAGAGGGAGGGAACAACCCACGCAUCCUCUCCGUGACCAAUGGGAGGAGGCCUGUUGUGAACUAACCAAUGGAAAGAGGCCUACCUGAAGGACAAAGCAUGCAAGGUCUGAAGGACAAGAACAGAAAUGAGCCAGGCAACAGAGGUCACUUGGCGCUGAACCAUCUCGCCAGCAGGUCACGCAGGAGAAGUCGCCCUAUCUGGAGAGCAUGGAGAACGCAGUUGCCACGUCUGCCAAGCGACCCCUCUCGCUGGUGCAGGAGACAACAAACGCACAGGAGCCGCCUGCAAAGGUUCCUCGGCGUCUUCUGCUGAGGCCACAGGACAUCUGCAUGGUGGUGCGACCCCGGGCACCGACGCCACAGCUGCUUCGCGCCGCCCGGUGCAGGCGAGUUAGCCGUGGGUGCCAGACUGUGUCUCCUGUGUGCAUGCGUCUGCCUCGGGCCUGCAACACAACGCUGUCCAUGCCUUGGGGCGUGCAGAGGCGAAAUGCAGGGAAACCAAAGGAUGAGUGGGAAUACUCCAAGGAAAACCAGGGCGAUGCCGUGAAGAAUGACCUUGCAGAGCUGCUGGGUGGCAGCAGCAUGAGUAAGGACUUGGCCUCCGUGUUCGGGUUGCGCGGGGCAUCUUGCGAGGAUGACGACGCGGAUGAAGAGCAAGAAUUAUGGAAUCCCCCGCCUCCCCCGGAGCUGUACGAGGGCGUGGAGGUGUCACAGGAGGACCGCAACACCCGGUGCGUGGCCACCAACACCACGCAUAUCAGGGUGGCUUACCCCACGCAUGUCAAGAAGUCUCGGGUGAAGCAGUGGCGGAGGGCAGCGAAGACCUGGCGAGUGUGACCUCUUCGUGUCAUAUUUCUGUAUAUGGUUGUGUACUCUAGUCAUUUGUAAUUCAUCUGUCUUGUAUUCAUGUGGUGACAAUAAAUUGUUGUUUUGCUCC